ACUUUUUGCAGCGUUGCAGAUAUAGUUUUGUGUGCCUAGUGGGCUGACUUGGCCUCACUCUUUCCACUUAUGCGCUAUAGUACGUACUUAUAUUCUACCUUAGUAUACUAUGUAUAUACGGGUACACAGACGUCUGAUCGGUCUGAUCGAAAUUGCCGCGUUUCUACUGCUGCUCGGCAUUUGCGGUCACACGAGGAAAGAGGCGAAACUAAAAAUGUGGGAAUUCGUUCGUUAAACGAUUAGUUUGUGCGCCAGCAUAUCGUUUAUUUAGUCGUAACUUACAAGUGUUCACGAGCCGUAUUAUUUUUUUAUACCUCUUUUGUUUCCUUGACAAUAAUACGGUCACUGCAAGGAGGUUAAGUGAUGAUAGGUUAUGUGUGUUAACACUGUCUGGGUUUUAUAAGUAGUAUUUUUAUUAUAUACAUAUAUAUAUUUAUUGCCUUGUGUUAAUAUAUCAGUUUAUAGUUAUUGUUGUUAAAUAUAUAUAUAUAUAACAAAACAAAAUGGAUUACAAAGAGGAACAGUCCAACGAAAUAGAAGCUUUGGAUUCAAUCUAUUGUGGUGAACUAGAAAUUCUAGAAAAAGAGCCGUUUCAUAAGUUUGACAUACCAAUCAAGUCCGAAGAGUAUGAGCUGGAUUCGGGUAACGGGUUAGCCUGUCGAUUAGAAUUCACGUAUACUCCAAAAUAUCCAGAUGAGCCUCUGAUUGUUACAAUCGAGGACGAGGAAAAUUUUGAUGAAGGUGAUGCUGAAAAACUUAUGCAAUAUUUGGAAGAGCAGAUCAAGGAAAAUCUGGGAACUGUGAUGGUAUUUACACUGGUUAGUGCAGCUCAAGAAUGGCUUAAUGUACAGUGGGACCAAACCAAAUUAAGCAGAGAAGAAAAUGCAGCCAAAAAGCUUAAAGCAGAAGAAGAAGCUGAAAGAAAAAGGUUUGAGGGAACGCGAGUUACAGUAGAAACAUUCCUUCGUUGGAAAGAAAAAUUCAAUGAAGAAACAGGAAUAAAUAAGAAGAGAGAACUAGCCGAAAAAGAAGGAAAGAAACUCACUGGUAGAGAACUUUUCAUGACAGACAAGACUUUGGAUCAGUCUGACUUGAAAUUCUUGGAUGAUGGUGAUGCAGUGAAAGUGGAUGAGAGCCUUUUCCAAAAUCUGGAGGAUCUGGACUUGGAUGAUGAGGAUGAUGAUGAUGACCCAGAUUUUAACCCCGAUGACUCUGAUGAUAGUGCAUAAAAAUGAACUGAAAGUGUUGUGCAUUCAUGAAUUACGUGACGUGAUUGUGUGAAUUCAUAAUAAGGAUGACGAAAAGAAAAUAUUCACUGAACAAUACAAGUUCGAAAGUGAAUUUUUGUAUUCUCUCAAAAUCUAUGAAUCCUUCUGUGAUUGAAUAUCAAACAAAACUGAACUGAGAGAUGAUAGUUGUCCAGGAUAAGUGCUUUUUUAUAAACAAUGUAGUAAACAGCCGAAUAUUUUUGUUCAUAAAGCUUUAUUUAAGUAAAUGCA